AUGGAUAAUAAACUUUUGUCAUUCCUCUUCUUAGUCUCACUUGUUCUGGUUUCUCGCUGCACUGGUGAGUAUGAAAGUGAUUUAGAGGAAAUCCAGCGCCGGAUUGAAGCUCAGCAGUGCCGGCUUCAGCAGCUCUCAUCAAGAGGCCCUUCUCGCCGGAUAGAGUCUGAGGGUGGCUUCAUGGAGAUGUGGGAUGAGAAUGAGGACCAGUUUCUUUGCGCCGGAGUCACUGUCUCUCGUACCAUUGUCCGUCCUAGAAGCCUGACUGCUCUCGGAUAUGAGAACAGCCCAAGCCUCGCUUAUGUUCAACAAGGAAGGGCUGUGGCGGGAGUGACAUUCCCUCGUUGCCCGGAAACAUUCUUCUCCGGUAGAUCGGAACAAGAACGAGACAGGCACCAAAAACUUCACAGAAUACAACAGGGUGACAUCUUUGCAGUGCCUUUGGGUACAGUGUAUUGGUUUUACAACCAUGGUGAUCAAGAUCUCAUCCUUCUCACUGUCUUUGACCUUAACAAUAAGUUCAACCAGCUUGAUAACUCUCUGAGGUUCUUCCCAUUGGUGGAAAACUUUCAAGGGUUAUCAUCAAGCCAACAGUUUGGUCGAGAACAGGAAGAGAAGAAGCAAAAGCAAAAGAACAUAAUUAGUGCUCUUGAUCCUCAACUGGUAUCAGAAUCACUCAACAUAGAUUUAGAAACAGUGAGGCAAAUUCAGAGUUCAGAGAUUCGUGGACCAAUCUUCAGGCUGGAUCAUCAACAACAGCAGAGCUUGUUCUGGCCGGAAGACGAAGAAGAUCCACAGAAAAUCUAUCAAAGCAACGGCCUCGACGAGAAGGUGUGCUACUCAAGAUUGCAGUUCAAUCUCGACCGAAGAGGAGAAGCCGAUGUGUAUUCGAGGCAGGCCGGAAGACUCAACUCCGUCACUGCCAACAAACUACCGGUUCUCCAGUUGAUUGGCAUGAGUGCAGAGAAAGUUAAUCUCCUUCCGGAUGCUAUCUUCUCGCCUCACUAUUCAGUGAACUCACAUACAAUAGUAGUGGUAACAAGAGGAGAUGGAAGGCUUCAAGUGGUGGAUGAUAGAGGAAGGAAUGUGUUUAAUGGGAGAGUGAAACAAGGAGAAGUUAUAGUGAUACCUCAACACUAUGUGUCAAUGAAGAAGGCUGGAAGUAAUGGAAUGGAAUGGGUAUCAUUUAAGACUUCUGCAUAUCCAGUGAAGAACCAGUUUGCUGGGCGUUUGUCUUUGUUUAGUGGAACUCCAGUGCAGGUGCUUGCAAGCUCUUAUGGGAUAUCAUUUGGGCAAGCUAGGCAGCUUAAGCAGUGCAGGAAACAAGACUUUGUGUUGUUCCCUCCUGCUAGUACUAGUAGUGCCUUUAUGGGUGAUUGUUAG